UCACAUGACAAGUAAGGACGAUAAAUGGGAAGAGGUUGUCAAACAAGCUAGAGUUUCCUAGAAGCUAACAUGGAGGUUAGGAGAACACCUGUUCUUGUGGUUUUAUUGUUAACCGUUAGUUUAAGCGCGGCGCAAAAUGAUAAUUUAAAGUUAUGCUUGAAUGAAAGUAAUUAUCAAUACUGCAAUGAAAUGUCACAGUAUCAUAUAGAGUGUGUACUUGGAAGAGAUAAGAUCGAUUGUAUGCGAUUGGUACAAGAUGGUAAAGCAGAGAUCGUGCAAUUGGAGCCACCUGAAAUUUAUACAGCUGGAUCUUAUUUCGAUCUGGAAGUGGUAGCUACUAACCUGGUUACAGAAGACAAGCUCGAAUAUAGAUUUCAAACAGUAGCGGUCGUCAAAAGUGGAAGCGGAAUUAAUACAUUAAAGGAUUUGAAAGGAAAGAAAGCGUGUUUCUCUUCAGUUGGAGAAGCAGAAGGGUGGAAUAUACCCGUUGGAAUUAUUUUAAAUGUAGUAAAUGAUGUCGAAUGUAAAAAAGGAAAUGAAUUAACAAGUAUUGGUUCGUUUUUUCAAUCCAGUUGCGCUGCUGGAAAUUGGUCUUCCGAUGAUGAAGUAAACGGAAAACUUAAAACAGAAAAUAAAAAUUUGUGUUCUUUGUGCAAAUCCCCCGAUACAUGCAACGAUAAAGACGAAUAUGGUGGCAUUUAUGGCUCUUUAAAAUGUUUACAAAAUAAUGGAGACGUUGCUUUUACUACCGUGGAACGUAUGAAGAGUUUAACGCAUUUUGAGUCUUCCAAUUUUCAUUUUUUAUGCUUAAAUGAUACAACAAUCCCUAUUAAUUUGGACAAUCCAUGCGUUUGGGCUGAAAUGCCAACUGCUGGAUAUUUAACAAAAAAAGGAAAUGAUAUAUCCAGUAAAUUAAAUAAUGUAAUAGACGAAGUAAACAAGUUAACAGAUCGCCCUCCAUGGUUAAAAUAUAUUCUCGGGGAUUUUAAAGAACUUUCUGUAGUUAGUGAAGAAAGAAAAGAUUGGAAGAAUUAUUUAGGUAAUUAUAUAAAAGCCAUUAAUAGAACUUUAAAUUGCGAAAGGAAAGCAAAAUUUUGCACAAAAUCGGAAGAAGAAGAGAAAAAAUGCAAUAGUUUCAGCAUGGCAUCUUAUGGUCGAUAUUUGAAACCGGUUAUCGAAUGCAUAAAGGAAAAUUCCAGCAAUGAUUGUCUAUCUUCAAUCAAAAAACAAAAAGCUGAUUUAAUUACCUUAAGUGGUAGAGAUGUUUACACUGCUGGAAAGUAUGAGGAUAUGGUUCCUAUCGCAUCCGAAGAAUAUUCAGAAGAAAAUAAUAUUUCGUAUUAUGCUGUUGCUGUUAUAAAAGCUGAUUCUGACAUUAAAAGUCUUCAAGAUCUUAAAGGGAAAAAAUCCUGUCAUACAGGAAUUGGAAGAAAUGCGGGAUGGAUCAUUCCUAUUAGCGAAUUCAUGAAACUUGAUCUUAUAAAUAAGAAACAAUGCGACGUUUCAGCUGCAGUAUCGGAUUUCUUUUCGGAAAGUUGUGUUCCAGGUGCUAAGGAUAAAGAAUACAAUCCUAAAUUAUCCGGCGUGGAUAAAUUAUGUAAGCUAUGUAAAGAUCCCGAAAAGUGUUCCACUAAGGACGAAUACAGCGGGUAUGAAGGAGCUUUCAGAUGUUUGGUCGAGGGAGGUGGUGAUGUUGCAUUCGUGAAGAAUUCUACGGUUCCCGGUUUAGUAGAUGGAAAAAGUCAAUUACCUUGGGCGAAAGAUUUAAAAUCUUCCGAUUAUAAAUUGUUAUGCCCUGAUGGGAGUAAAGCCGACAUUUCACAUUAUUUAAACUGCAAUCUCGCAGCUGUACCUUCUCACCGUUUCGUCGUUACAUCGAAUAAAAUAGAUCAAUCCGAUCGUCUUAAUGUUGUCUAUAUGUUAACAUCUGCUGGAAAACUGUUUAACCAAAGCAGUCCUAUUUUUCACUUGUUCGGAUCUUACGACGAAAGCAACGAUCUUUUAUUCAAAAAUUCUGCUAUUAAUUUGAAAUCGGUAAAAUUUGAUUCGAAAUACGAUGAAGUAUUAGAUAAAGACUAUCUUGAAGCGUUAAAAAUGACGGAUCCAAAAAAAUGUAACAGCGCAACAACCGCUGUUGCCGCAUUUAGUGUGGUAAUUUGUUCAGCUUUGUUAUCACUUUUUAUGUAAAUUUAAGAUAUCAAAUUUCACUUCUGUCUCAUUUUGUAAAAUAAUUUUUCUUAUUAAUGUACAAAUCACUGUUUUAUGUAUUGCGUUUAUUAAUAAAGAUAUUAAAUAUACACACUCUAA